AUGGUGUUACCUCUCUACAGCCUGAACACCCUCAGAUUGGGCUAUUCAAUAGUUUCUUGUACAUUUGUUUCCACAGCUAAAAGAUUUCUUGUUGGAGACCUAAAACCCUCACACAUUUCUCUUCAAAAUCAUCUACUUCACAGAUCCAUCACCUCAAAAAUCUCAGCGGAACGACACGAUUUCACGGUCGCUUACCUCAUAAACUCAUGUGGGUUGUCCCCAGAUGGCGCAAUUUCAUCAUCCAAGUGGGUAGAGUUGCAAUCCUCACAAGGAGCAGACUCUAUCUCAAAGGUUGUCAGGUCACGCCCUGCUAUUCUUGUAGCUGAUCCUGAGAAAACCCUUUUGCCCAAGCUUGAGUUUUUCAGCUCUGUUGUAGUUUCAAGGGAAGACCUUGCUAGAAUUAUAUGUGUUAAUCCCCAACUUUUGUCAAGAAGCUUGGAGAAUCAUAUUAUACCCGCUUAUAAUUUUCUCAGGAGUCUGAUUUCCGAGGAAAAUGUAGUUGCUGUUUUGAAGCGCAGCUCAUGGAUUUUCCUGGAAAAUCGCAGAAAGAAUGUGGUCCCCAAUAUUGAGCUUUUGAGGGAAUUGGGUAUGCCCCAAUCAUGCAUUGCUCUGUUGCUAGCUCACAACACUAAGGUCUUGAUACACAAGCAUGAAAAGUUUGCUGCAGCUGUGGAAGAGGUUAAGGCAAUGGGAUUUGAUAUGAAGAAAUCAACUUUUGUGAUGGCACUAAGAGCAUUGUGUGGAGAGAGCAGUAAGUCCAUAUGGAAUCGAAGCCGUGAAAUUUACAAGCGGAGUUGGGGUUGGUCUGAUGAUGAUGUGAUUUCUGCUUUCAGGAGGAAUCCACAGUGCAUGAUUCUGUCUGAGGAUAAAAUAAUGCAGGGAAUGAAUUUUUUGGUGAACAAGAUGGGAUGGCCUUCAAGAGUGAUUGCCACAUAUCCUGUGAUUUUGUGUUUCAGUUUGGAGAAGAGAAUUAUUCCAAGGUGUUCAGUUGUUAAAGUUUUGCUGUUGAAGGGGUUGAUAGAUGAAGACUUAAGUUUGGCUUAUGUGGUGUUGCCUCCAGAGCAGCCCUUCUUGGAGAGGUUUGUGAUCAGAUAUAUCAACCGAUUACCUCAAUUGUGGGAUGUGUAUCAUGGAAAAUUGGAUGUCAAGGAUGUGUGA